AUGAAAAAAUUUGCAAAAGAACUAAUAGGUUAAACUUUGGAAGAUGAAAUUAUUGAAAACUAAGAUAUUAAUUUGAUGUUAAUUUAUAUUUAUUUCUUGGUUUAAAUUAAGAAAGUUCCAACUUAAGCAAUAUAUGAAGUAAUUAGAUUAUCAAUGAUACAAAAAGUACAAUAUAAUGCUAAUUUAAUAAGGAAUAAACUUUAAAAUAAUAGUCGAUAAUAAGAAAAUUAAAGCAUGAUGCACUUGAUAAAUUUUCUGAAUUAGUGAGAAAAAAUGAUCUAGUUAAUUAGAAAUUUGUAUUUAAAAAGGUUUAUCAAUAUGAAGAAUCAUUAAAUAUAUUAAAAAGUAAUCUCUUAACAAUAGUUAAAUCAGAAAAAGUAUAUAAAAAAUAUAUUUAAGGAUUUUUAUGGUUGCAUAUUAACUUAAGUAAUUGAUAUAGAUUAAAUAGUCGAUAUUGGAUUUAAACUUUUAGAAAAUAUUAAUGUUCUUGAAAAACAAUUAUAAUUAUUAUAUAAGACUAAUCCAUAAAGUAAUGAAUGCGAUACAAUUUAUAAUAUAUUUCAUAAAUACAUCAAUUACAAUAAGAUGAGACCAAAAUUAUAUAGAAGAGAUGGUCAAUUGAUGUUAUAAUUUUUGUAAUAAAAUGAAAGAAUAAUAUAUGAUCCAGGAAGUUGUGUAAUAUAAAUUACAUUACUAUAACCUAGAGGAAAUGUUAUCAGAUACACAAGAACAUUUUAAAAAGCUAUAGGAUAUAAAGAUGAAGAGAUUUAGGAUUAAAAUAUAAAUAGAUUUAUGCCAUAGAUUAUAGCAAAUGAUCAUGAUUUGUAUUUAGAUAAUUUUGUUGAGAGAGGAAGAAUUAACGUUGUUCGAAAUGCAGUAAGAGUUAUUUUAGGUAAAACUAAAUCAUAAUUUGUUGUUCCAAUUAAUACAAGAUUAAGACUUGAAGCUAGUACUGAUGAAUUUGGAGCUACUGCUUUAAUUACACCUGUUAAUUUUACAUAUGGAUAUAUGAUGUUAAAUGAAAAUGGUUAAAUAGAAGAAUUAACAAAAAAUUUAUUUGAUGAAAUAUUCGAAAAAUAUUUAGGAGUUGAAUUAGAAUGUGUCAAAGGAUUGGACUGUUUGAUUUUAAUUCCUGAAUUAUCUAAAAUUUGGGAUCAAUUAUUUAAUGAAAAUUUUGAAAAACUUGAUAAACGAUUAGAAUGCCAUUUAAUUAUACCAAAUUUAUCUAAAUAAGUUUACAGAAGUAUGUAAAGUUCCAGAACUGCUGCUUGUAGUCGAUCUUCAUUAUAAUAAAGUAUUAUUAAAUCAAUUGAAAACUAAAACUUAGAUAAUGUUAUAUAUCAAAUAUCUUUGCAUCUUAUGAGUUUAACCACAAUCAAUUUAAGGUUUUUAUUAAUUAUUUAUUAUUAGAUUAAUCAUUUUAGAAAUGCCAGAAUACAAAUAGAUAUUCAAUUAAAAAGUGACUAGUUAAUAAUUAAUUUAAUUACGAAAUAGAUCUUCUUAAUUAUUAAAUUCUUCUACUUAAAAUGAAGUAAUAACAUCUAAAGGAGAUCUUUUAGCAUCAGCUAAUUCUUAAUAAUUUAAUGGAGAAAUCAAUGAAUGUGAUUUAGAAUAUGAAAAUUUUAUUGAAGAAUUGAAAAUGGUUGAAGAUUUAAAAAAUUAAUUAGCAAAUAUCAAUAUGAUAAAUACAACUCAUAAUUAAAACUCUACUCAAAGAUUACUUUUAAAAAGUGAACAUGUAUUUGAAGAUAGAGUUAUAGAACUUAAAAAUAACUUAAAUUAAUCAGAUAAAAGCAAUAAUUUAAGUGAUAAUGAAUCAGAAUUAAAAGAAUAAAUGUAAGAAUAAAAUCUUUAAUAUAAUUCUGGUUCUGUUGGAAGUAGAUCUUCUUAAAAUAAUACUACAGCAUUAAAAAGAUAGAUGAAGGAUUGUUUAUCAGAUAAUAGAGGUUUAAAUGUUCAAACUAAGUCAUUUUUAUUCUCUCUAUAUAUAUUAGUUAUAAUAGGAUAUUUUGUGAAUUAUUUAAUAUUGUAUUUUGAAUUUGAAAGCAUCAAAUAAGAUUAAAAUUAUGACAAUUUGCCAUUUGAAUUUUCAUAUUUUUAUAACGAAUUUGUUAUAGCUUAAUCAUUUAUUAAUGAAGAUAAUUUUAGUUUUGAAAAAUUAAGUGAAGUAUCAUUGAAGUUUUUUGUUGAUCAUAUUAAAGAUAUAGAUCAAACAAUAAUAAGAUUACCUCAUAUAAAUAUGGUUAAAAACUUUACAAUGAAAAGCAGAAUGAUAAUAAUAUUGGCAUAACUAUAAAAUGUUUAAAAGAUGAAUGAAAUAAUCCUUUAUUAAGAUUAUACUAACAACACCGAUCAAUUUAAAAUGUAAAUAAAUCAAAUUAAAGAUGCAGAUUCGACAAAUAAAUAAAUAGAUUUAGAAAUAUUGUAAAUCUUAAAAUUUUAAUUUUAGUGUUUUUAUAGAGGAAAUUAUUUUAAUCUUAUUUUUAAUAAGAUACUUUUAUUUAUGCUUAAAAAUAAUUUAAAUGAAAAAAAAGAUAUAUAAAUUAUUUUGUACUUUUUCAAAGGAAGUCAUUUAAGAGUAAUUUUUUUAAUUUAGUUCUCUAUAUAACCAAUUAAAUAAUACAAAGUUUAAAAAUCAUGAAACAGAUGAAGAGUAAUUUGAGAUAACUAUGUUGCGUUAAUAUUAAAAAACUGUAACAUCUAACAAGCUAGAUAAAAAUUAGAAAGUUGGAAAACAAAUUUCUGUAAAAUGUAUGUAAAAAUAUAUAUAAUUAAAUAGAAACAAACUCUGCACAGGUUUUCUUUUUUUUGUUUGUUUUUAUUUAUGCAUUUAUGUGUUCUUUUUAUUAUAUAGGAAGUUAUAUUCUAUUCGAAGAAACUUUAUAAAGUGUUUCAGCUAGAUAAAAUGAAAAAACAUAAUUUAAAAUUAUAAAUAAUGAGCUUGCUUAAACUUAUGCUUAAUAAGCUAUUUUAUUAAAUUAAACAAUAAUAAUUGAUGGAAUCCCUAGACAAAAUGAGAGUGUAGAAUACUUGAAGUCACUUACAACUAGUUUAUCCCAAUAUUAGGAAAGUUAUAAUAAGGAUAUAUAUAAUAUCCUCUCGAAUAAUAUAUGUGACUCAGUUUUCAAUUAAUUGUAUGAUAUUAUGUUUUAGAUUGAUAGUCAAUAUAACUAUUUAGAAUAUUCAAAUUUAUUUAGCUUUAAAUAAUGUCAGACUAUAAGUAAUCUUGAAAAAGGCUUAACUUUUGUUGUUUAAGAAUUGUACUCAAAUUAAUUUGAGUUUUUGUAAUUGCUUUAUCUGAAUGAUUAAUCUAUUUUUUCUUUAUAAGAAUUUUCUAGUAGUUCUUAAUAAUAAAUUAAGAGAUUAUAUGUUUAAUAUGGAUUUCAUGUGAUAGUUGAAUUGCUGACAAAUUAAAUUAAAUAGAUGGUUUAUUCUACAAUUUUAAUAAAUUCAAUUAUGAUUGGAUUUUCAAGUAUAAUAAUGAGUUGUGCUUUAUUAAUUACAAUUAAGACAAUUUUAAGGGUUAAGAACUAAUACAGACAAAGUAAAUAAUUACUUACUUUAUUUCCAUUUGAAAAAUUAAUGGAGAAUGCAUAUGUUAUAAGUUUUAUUAGUUAAGAUUUAAAUUUUUCGGUUUGA